GGAAGCUAAGGAGGAUGUAGACAAGGAUGGUGCUCGAAGUUGCAGCUUUUCUUUGUAGCUCAGAGGUUCCAUUGCAAACCCAGCUUGAAAUGUGACUUUUAGUUCAGCUAGGCAGCACAGUAGGAAUGCCACUUACCAGAAUAAUACAGCCCUUUUGAGAUUUAUUCAUCAGCAGUAACUGUGAUGCUCUAGCAGAGAAUCAUUUUUAUUGCAUGAGGUAAGUAAAUCAUGCCCUGAGCAAGAAACUACUCCAUUUAAAAAAAAAACAAACAAACCAUAUUUUAUAUAAUAAGGUGUAGAUGUUAGCUGAAUACUUUCUUGAAGUUUUUUUUUGUGUUUAUUUAUGUAUGCUCUCUGUCCUCAUGCAGCGAAUUCUCCGCUACUUGCUAACAAUGCAGCUCAUGCUGGUACCUUUUCUCAGAGAAAGCAUGAAUAAUAUGUUUUCUCAGUUUGGCUCAGCAGCUUCAGUAAACGUAAUGAGCUUGGUUAGGUUUUUAUCUGUUUGUUUGUUUUUGAAGAUCUUACAUUUUCUUCCAGAAUCGACAACAGGGUCAAGUUAUUACAAGCAAAGCAGACAGACACGCACCAACACUCUCAUGAGCACAUAUGUAUAUGCUCAAGCAAACCAUAUACGCUACAUUUCUUUCUGCACACAGAGUGAAAAAAGGAGAUGUAAAACAUGAAGCAGUUAUGUAUGAACCGUCUGAAGCUGCGACUGCUGGGUUUCUGCAGAUGUCCUAUGUCAUUUUCCAAGAACACUUCUUAGUUUCAUUAAGGAUGAAAACCCAGACUUGGAAAUAUGUGGGAGAAGGUCCAGAAGGUCUGAAGGCCAAAUUCUGCCUGUAGUUACAACAGCACAGUUGUUCAGAGCCACCUACUUAGCUACCAUCAAUUCAUCAAUUACCCGUACCAAUGGGAUGGCUGAGAUAGUGUAGACAAAGAAGAAAAAAAAAAGACACACAACAAAACUACACAAAAGGAAUGAAUCCUGAAAAGCAUAAGAGGUCAUCUGGACUCAGAAUGAUUGCAUGGAGCCUGCUUAGAUAAUUUAGGGUAAUCCAGGCGGGCCACCCAAGGGAGACCACGACUUGACAACAUUUCUUUAUGUGUGAUGAACAGAACGUCAGGAGCAUUCCAGUUAUAUGCUAAAGAAUGAAAAUCAGAACAGGGUGGUUUAGACUUCAUUAAUAAGGAAUCAUGGCUAAAUACCCCAUGGGUGACAUUUUCUCAGUGCAUUCACAUAAAAUAGACUGAUUCAUUGCGGGUUCCAGAAGAAAAUGCAGAAUGUGAAAAUGCCAGCUUUUUCUUUUAUAUAUUCUUAGUUGCCUUCCACCUUCUUAGUUCUUAUUACCUACAUCCUCAGUUUCUGACUGAGUCAUCAGUUACAGAGGCUCAAAAUUACGGAGCACUCUGACUUUCCCAAAAGCAAAAGCACAAAGAAACUUGUUGAGAGCAGCUCGGUUUCAUCAUGAUUCCUAAGGAUGCAGGGCUCAUGCCAUCAUGCUGUCAGCCAGUUCUCUCUCAUGAUAACCAGUAAAUCUAUGGAACGUUCAACUGAUGUCAACAAGUCAUUCACAAAUUGGUCCUAUAGGUCCUAUAAGACUUAGGUCUAAAAGUGUUAACAGUGCAUUACUGUUAGCUUUUCUAUUACAGCCAGCAGACACAGAUGAAAUUAAAGCUCAUUAGUCCUGAAGUAUUUUCAUCUGUUGGUAACCCAACGAGCAGCCCUGGGCAAGUUUCACCUUUCUUGUGCGUCCAUCUCCAUUCUUUGUAAAGAAUUUAGAAAACAAAUAGCAGGAUGAUGUACAUAAGCCAUGCAUAAUCAUUUAUAACAGCAUACUGCUAGGCUUAUAAAGAAAUGGCCCAAUUAUAUGCAUUUAAGCAAAAUCCAUUCCCACUUAGGUUAAGAAAUACAGCGACCAUCGAGGACCCCUAUAUUGUUUCACAUUCUCUAGGACCAGAUAUAAUUAUUCAAUUCUCAUCAAUUACAGGCACUGGACUAAUGAAUUACAAGUUUUCUGGGAGCGUAUAGAACAAUCUGUGUCUCACUGCACUUCCCUGUACCUCAUAAGAUAAUGGAAGGGAGAAGAAAACACGCUGUGGUUUCAAGGCACCAGCAGUGAUAUGGCACAGCACAGGGGAGAAGUGGUGAUUUUCACUUGGAAAAAGUGAUUUGUAUGCAGCCCAGGUCACCAGCAACAAAGCCAUUCCUCGCAGCUCUUUGGGGGCUCAUACAAAACGAGCACAGCAGCCUCUCUGCUCUUCUUGCUGGAUUAUUAACUGCAUCUCCACUCACGCCACUACAAACUCCAUUCUCAUUGUGGCACACAGCUGACAGACCUGCAUUCAUCCGAGCCACAAACUCUGAAAUGCCCUUUUUCUUCAGAGCAGCCUUUUGAAGGUAGAAUUGAGGCACAUCAGCUUGGUACUACAUGAAAAACAUGCACAGCUACUUCUUUUCUGUAAAUGGUUUAUUUUCAGUAUUCAGAGUUUUGUGAUAAUUUGAAAAGUAGAAUUGGAAAAAUCAAAAUAUUUUAUCAGCAGGCAAGAAAGCCAUGACACUCUUAUACUACGGCAAAUGCAAGUUUGUAGAUAAUGUAAAUUGCUUUGGAAUUUAAAGAUGCUGUAAAAUACGUUCCAUGUUUUGCAUAGGAGAUAGCUCAGAUUCUAAAAAGAGUUAAAUCCUUUCUUGCUCUUUUUUUUAUUGCUGUUGUUUCCAUGUUAAAUGGCCUAACCAACAGAGCUUCCACUUCUCUUUAGAGAUCACUCAGUGACUCGAUGCAUUUUCCUGACAUAAGCAUCUCCAUUUUAAUUUUAUUCCAUUACCCUCAGACAAGUUCUAAACUCCUUCCCUCCUCAGACCCUUUCCCAUCGCAUUUUCCUCCUGGCUAAGAUAGAAACAGAAGCCUCAGCAACAUUCAGGCGCUGGCAGCUUGCCAGGGGAGCCUUUUAUGCACAGCCUUGUCAGAAGCAGGGAUUGUCACGGUGGGCUCAGAACUAUUUGUACUCGAAUCCACAACAAUAUUUCAACUUAUUUCACUGGAGAGAGCUUUGCGUUGCCAGUUAUUUUUUCCCCGUUUUAAGUAAUGCAUAUUAUAUUCAAAACCUGUAGAUAUUUUGCAAAUAGGAAGAAAUUCAGUGCUGAAAGUAGCUAAAUUCAGCAAGACGUAAUGCAUGGAAAUACCACUGGAGUUAAGCAUGGCUUUAAACAUGACAGGGAGGCAAAAACUUGAUUAUAUAACCUGAAACAAUAUUAAAAAAACCACUUCAUUGUGUCAUUCUGAGCAAUGUCAAAGAGCAGCUUACAGUCAAAGGCCUCUGCGGUUCAGAGGGACAGAUGGAUACCUCCAUUCUCUUUGUAAUGUAUAACAUUGGUUAACAAUGCACUGCGAAGGAAGCAAAGGCACUUCCCAAAACAGAAAGCAUGGGAAAAGGAUCAAAGAUGUCAUUACACUUCAACUUGCUAAAAAUGCAUGCUGGAGCAGCAUUGUAUCAGCUGUGAUCACUAUACAGAGAUUGGACAACAAAAGCAGCUAUGUUGAUAAUAGGAGAAAUAAUUAAAGAUUCUAACACCUAAUGGCCAAUGAAACCAAGCAUUUCCUCAUCUGGAUGGCCACAGUCUUUACUUUUUCUGAACACUUAUCGUAUUGUUGCAGGAUAAAAGUGCCAAUGGAAAAGAAAAGCAAGCUGGUGCUGUGUCUGCAAACCAGAGUCAUGAGCAACACCUCUGUCACUGUGCAGUCAUCCCUGAAAUUUUGGGAAAAGCAUGUACUUUUUUAAGAGGAUUCUCUUAACAUGGACCAGAUACCAAGCACACAGACUUCCUGCUGCUCCUGGGCUCAGGCACAUACAGAGGGAAAAUAAAAGAUGUCUUGUAUUCUCUAGCUCUAUAUAUUCAUGUCUUGUAUUCUCUAGCUGAUAUAAAUGAAGAUCAUAUAAGUGAAAACAAUGUAUAUACAAAAGUCCUUCAUGGUGAUAUUGAAAAAAAAAGAACAUGGCAAAAUGGGAAUGUAGCUUACUGUACACAUAUUAAAUAUUCAUCUGGCAGUGCCUGAUUAGCUAAUGUCUGUAUUUUGAAAGGCUUUUCUCUCUCUGAAUACUCAUAUCAAUAUACUGUACAAUCAAGGCAGUGGAUUGAGGAAACAAGGCCUGCAAAUUAAGGUUAGCAUCACCAACUAAAAAUGAAUGCCUCCAAAUGGGCAGAUGGACAGGAAUUUGUUAGGUUGCUGCUUUGUGAAUCUCUGCCAGAGCUAGAGAUAGCUCUGCUAGCAUGUGCUGCCCACAGAGCAGCACAGGAGGUUGUAAUCAUCUGCUUUGGCUGGAGGAACUUUUCAGAAACUGUAGCAACUGCUUAUAAUUAAGAAAGCUGAACCCUAUGCAGAGUGAAAUAGCAGUAAUCCAGAAGGCAGACCGUUUUUAGCUCUGUAUAAGUCAUUUGGAAAGCUAUGCCAGUGCAUAAAUAACGUUGUUUGGGCAGACCUUGACUGACACAGAUUGUACCCCUGCCUAAAAGUUGAGUGGCACAAAGCCAAUUGUCCUGUUUUCUCACGGUGCAGACUUGAUACAAAACCUGCAGAAACCAGCAUUCUUUGAAUCAGCCACUAUUUCUGUGAAAUAAAAGAUCCCAGUAAAACAGGGACAACACAAUGGGAGUUGGUCUGAUGACCCUCAAAGAUUUUCACUAACUUUCAUUUGCAAAAAGUUAACCACGAGGAUGGAGCCAGAAUGCAGCAUUACUUACAGUCACAGUUAAGCUGCACAUUGGUCACCAGCAUUGCAUACUUCAAAAUGCAUUUGCAGAGGUCCUCUCUUGUAGUGUACAUUAUUCCCCACCUUUGCCUUUCAAUCCUCCAGAACUAUAGGUGAGCUCUGAAUGCGAGCACUGCUUUUUCCAUCCUGUCAUUGCAAACUCCAUCAUGUUUCAGCAGGGAUGCAGAUACAAAUACACACAGAUACCUAUGGGAUUAAACUGACAUAUUUUUAGUUCUUACAGUUAUCCCAACAGCAACGUGGCCAUAUGACUUGCAACAGACCACGUAACAGAAAUUCAUUAAAGGAUAUUAGACUUCCAAUACUCUCUUGCCAAUAAACUUUUCAAUUUUGCUAACAGGAAACCUGUAGAACACCACAAUAUUUGAAUGCUAUUAGAAAAUAAGGAUGUACUAAGCUGCACUCAGUGAAAGAGACAUCCCAUUCACUUUCAGAAGCACACUGAAGAGAUUAUUUUGCAACCAUGUUACAUAAAGUCCUAGAGUUCAGCUGACCUUAGCAGAGGUGAAAUAAAGCAAUUAAAAAUCCACAUGAACACACAUAGGAACACACAUAAUUCCUUUAAUAAUUUAUCUGGAUGGUACAGAUUAUCUGCAUAACGCUAUUAAUACAGUACAUGCUCUCUAUGCAAUGUAAACAGUAUACAGAGAAGGUUGGAAAUACAUUCUGAACAACAUAUGAAUAACCGAGAGGGUAGUUAAAAAAACAAAGAAUAAAAUAAAAGCUGUAACAUUCUUGUAUGGUGAACAGAAGUUGUCAUUGGCAAAUAUAUGCCAUGGUUCAUUUAUUUUUAACACCAUUGUAGUCCUCUGGUUUGGCUUUUCAGAGUCUUAAGAUCUACAUGCAAUUCCCUUGUUUGAUGGAUCAGUUUUGAAGGAAAAAAAGGCCCUUCAAUCCUGGGCAAAAUAUAUGAGCACUGCCAUUACUAGUGAAGGGAGAAGAGGCAUUUUUUCACACUGAAACAGGUUUUUAAAGUGUUUUAAAUUAGGAAGCUUCAAGCUCAUAUUACACGUUCAUGCUGCUAAACCACUACUGUGAUUGAAAAUGAUCCUGCUCUCUUGUGCAUUUCUCUAUAUCAGCAUGAGCAUUUAUGCAAUCUGUAGAGCAAAUCAAACAACCAAUUCACCUGAAUUAAAACUAAUCUAUCCAAGAUAAAUUCAUGUAUUUAAGAACCAAAAAAGCUAUUUCUGAUCUGAUUAAUUCCCUUAAAGAGUUCACUGGAUAUGAAUGUUGAUGAUUGUCUAGACAAUGAGAGCAAUUAGGUGCAGCUAAACACAUCUUCAGCAUCAGCUGAAACUACUCAAAAAGAAUGAAUAGAGCUAAAUGGCAGAGCCAAAAGAAUUAACAUCACAUAAACUCACGCUAUUUAUAUUAGUCCAAAUGAGAUAUGCUUUGAGAUUCCCAGUUUGAAGGGCACUUGAUAAUAAGGCUUCCUUAUCUAGCAGACAAUUUUUCUCCUACUCACACCAAACAAAAAAAAAGCUGGAAAAGUUUUAAGCCCAUCCAAAAGAAAACAAAUGAUUAAAAAAAAACCAAAAAAGUCAUAAAUUUUUGUUCAAAUGUCUUUGAAAAGACAUUUACUUAGCCUGCUUCAUUUCCUCAGCUUAAACUUCCAAAAUCCCACAUUUAUCUGUCAAGAUUCUGUGUGUCUUUAAAACUCUAUCAGAGAUGUCCAUAGCAAAGGAGAACUACUGCACUUGAACAACUCUUGCUUCACAUCAUUUAUAUGUUUCAGAAUGGCCGUGCUUUCUUCUCUCACUAUGAGCAGAACAUAUUUAAUGACUGAGCCCUUGGUCUGUCUCAAUAUCCAUUCAGUCCGUGUGAAUACCUUCCUGAAGAGCUAAACAGAAUACACAAGAGAAAAAGGUUAUGGCCUUAUUCUGUAACUGAGGCUUAUUUUCAGGCUAAAUACGCUCAGCAUCACCCAAACGUUAUUUAAAUAGGCUGUGCAAUUCACACUAUAACUUCAGCCAUCUUAACAGUUCGUUUGUGUCUAUGAGGUAAACUGCAGGGUACAACACUUCUUCUCAGCACACAACUCUCUUUCUACCAUGAAAUAAAGGAUUUUAGCCCUUUGUUCUUCUGCUUGAUGUACUUUCUCCUUUGGCCCAAGCACUCUCAUAACGGAAACUGUGGAGAUUCAGGUUCCUAACACGGAUAGUUUACUAAUGAAUUAUUUAUUAACAGUUUGUUUCCUCCCUGCGCACCGCCAGCCUCGCAUACCCUCAGGGGAAAAGGCGGGAAACGCUGUCCCCCCGCCCAGCUCUGCGCAUGCGCCAGGCUCCCUGCGGCUGCCUCACUGCGCAGGCGCGUCGCCCUCCCGCGCUCUCCUUACGACGGGAAGCGAGAAGGGCCCGCCAGCAGCCCGCAUGCGCACCGCUCAUCUGGGCUCCGCAUGGCGCAUGCACACUGCGAGCGGCCGGGCUCAGUGCACUGUGGGAAGGAGGCGGCCCUUGUUCCCGGCGGAGGGUGGCGGUGAAUCCUCCCGGCCGCUCACAGCAGUGUGGAGCCGCUUCCCCCCCCUACCCCUCCUCCCUCCCUCCCCCCCGGCCUCCUCCUCCACCUCCUCCUCCUCCACCCCACAUCCCCCCCCUGCGGCCCGGCGGAUUUAAAGGGGCAGCCCCUCCGAUCCGGGGGGCCAUGCCGAACUUCUGCGCGGCCCCCAACUGCACCCGCAAGAGCACGCAGUCCGACCUGGCCUUCUUCCGCUUCCCCCGGGACCCGGUCAGGUGUCAAAGAUGGGUAGAGAACUGUAGAAGGGCAGAUUUAGAAGAUAAAACUCCAGAUCAACUCAACAAGCACUACAGACUGUGCGCUAAACAUUUUGAGACCUCUAUGAUAUGUAGAAGUAGCCCUUACAGAACAGUUUUAAGAGAUAAUGCUGUGCCAACUAUAUUUGAUCUUACAAGUCAUCUGAACAAUCCCCACAGCAGACAUAGAAAACGGAUAAAAGAGCUGAGUGAAGAUGAAAUAAGAACACUGAAGCAGCAAAAGAUUAAUGAAGCUUUUGAACGGGAACAGGCAACUCAAGAACUGAAUGAAAGCAAUGCACAAAACGCUGUCUCAGAGGAAGGUGGGGAGCAGCAAGAGGAAAAAUCUGUUCCUUUAACUCUGGAAGAAAGAGAAAACAAGGAUUACCUCAAGUCAUUGUUUGAAAUUUUGAUCCUAAUGGGUAAACAAAAUAUUCCCUUGGAUAGCCAUAAUGCGGAUGAGCUUCCAGAAGGUAUUUUUACUUCAGAUAACUUUCAGGCUCUGCUGGAAUAUAGGAUCAAUGCUGGAGAUGAAGUUCUGAGGAAACGGUUUGAGAUGACUGCGGUUAAUCUUGAAUAUUGUUCAAAAACACAGCAGAAACAAAUGCUUGAGAUCUGUGAGAGCUGCAUUAGAGAAGAAACACUGAGGGAAGUAAGAGACUCACACUUCUUUUCUAUUGUUACUGAUGAAGUAGUAGACAUAGCAGGAGAGGAACAUUUGCCAGUCUUAGUGAGAUUUGUUGAUGAUUCCCAUAAUCUGAGAGAAGAAUUCAUAGGGUUUUUACCUUAUGAGGCUGAUCCUGAAAUAUUAGCUGUUAAGUUCCAUACGACUAUUACUGAAAAGUGGGGUCUGAACAUGGAAUACUGUCGGGGUCAAGCCUACAUCGUCUCCAGUGGGUUUGCUUCUAAAAUGAAGGUUGUGGCUACAAGACUCUUGGAGAAGUAUCCACAAGCUGUCUAUACGCUGUGUUCCUCUUGUGCCUUAAAUGUAUGGUUGGCAAAGUCGGUUCCUGUUGUUGGUGUUUCCAUGGCCCUAGGAACAAUUGAAGAAGUUCGCUGUCUUUUUAGUCGAUCUCCACAGUUACUGGUGGAACUGGACAAUACAAUUUCUGCUCUUUUUCAGAACAACGAGGAGAAAGGUAACGAGCUGAAGGAGAUCUGCCGUUCUCAGUGGACAGGCAGGCAUGAUACUUUUGAGGUUUUGGUGGAUCUCAUGCAAGCUUUGGUACUGUGUUUGGACGCGGUAAGCAACGAUUCCACUGUCAGGUGGAACAACUUCAUUGCUGGCCGAGCAUUUGUACUUUCAAGUGCAUUAACAGAUUUUGACUUCAUUGUCACUAUCGUAAUUCUGAAAAACAUUCUGUCUUUUACGAGAGCGUUUGGAAAAAAUCUCCAGGGACAAACAUCAGAUAUAUUCUUUGCAGCUAGCAGCUUAACAGCGGUGUUGCAUUCUCUGAAUGAAGUGAUGGAGAAUAUUGAAGUUUACCAUGAAUUUUGGUUUGAAGAAGCAACAAAUUUGGCUGCAAAACUGGAUGUACAAAUUAAACUCCCUGGAAAAUUUCGCAGGUCGCAACAGGGUAACUUGGACGCUGAGUUAACGUCAGAAAAUUACUACAAGGAGAUUCUUAGUGUCCCUACAGUGGAACAUAUAAUUCAAGAAUUAAAAGAUAUAUUCUCAGAACAACAUUUAAAAGCUCUGAAAUGUUUAUCUUUAGUGCCCUCAGUCAUGGGUCAGCUCAAAUUCAAUACGUCUGAGGAGCAUCACGCUGACAUGUACAAAAAUGACUUACCUAAUCCGGACACGCUUUCUGCUGAGCUUCAUUGUUGGAGAAUCAAGUGGAAGCACAGAGGAAAAGAUAUUGAACUUCCAGCUACUAUUUAUGAAGCACUUCAUUUGCCAGACAUAAAGUAUUUCCCUAAUGUAUAUGCACUGCUUAAAGUCUUGUGCAUUCUUCCAGUGAUGAAAGUGGAGAAUGAGAAAUACGAAGUAGGACGAAAGCGCUUAAAGGCAUACCUGAAAAACACCGUGACAGAGCAAAGGUCAAGCAACCUAGCUUUGCUGAACAUAAAUAUUGAUAUAAAACAUGACUUAGACUUAAUGGUGGACACCUACAUUAAACUCUAUCCAGGUAAAGUGGAAUUUCAAGCAGACUUUCUUCCCUCGAACAACUCUGAAGUAACAGAAAGCGCUUAAUUUUUGUUAAGCUCUUACCAGUCUGAUUAAACAGCUUUUUGCUAGUUAACUUGCAAUGAGGGGGGAAAAAAAAAAAAAGAGACUUGGAAAUCUGAAAUAAAUAAUCACCACAAUUGUAUUUCCAUUUUAGGUAUCAGAUUUAAGAAACUGUGGUCAAUAACCCACAUUAUGUUUUGUUAGUCUGUAUUAAAUAUACUAUGUGAACAAAAAGAAGUCUGAAAAUAAGCCCAUGGUUUUUGCAGAGGUGCUUUCUGCAUCUGAUUGACUUGACUGGGUGCUUGCUUGCUGCAUCUUGGAAAGAGUACGUCGUGAUGAUUGUAGAUCCGAUGGGGCUGUUUAGAAUAUUUGCUUGGUUAAGGAAAAACUGAAAGUGUUAAAAAGGGUAUAAUCCAUUUCUGUUCUGUUACUUAGAAUUUGACUUUAUGCUCUUUGAAUUUGUCUUUAACCGAUGCCCAUUCAGUCAGCAUUUUGGAGAAUGAAUUCAGCAGUUGCACAGGCCUCAUGCUGUGGGCUGUUCUUGGUGUGAAGUGAAUGUUCGUGGUACAGAAAUACGUUUAAGGUUUCACUGGAAGAGUCAACCUCUUUAAUCUCUUGACUGUUUACAUUCCUUUGUGUGAGACACACAACUUUAGGCUUUUAACAAGCAUGGCAGGAGUACUGAAAUUCCCUAAAGACACUAAAAAAAAUGAAGAUUUAUUCCAGAACAACAUAAGUCUGUUUGACAAAAAAAAAAAAAAACCUUGAAUCUUAUCUUGUCUGUUUACUUGUGAACUCACCCAGGAAAGAUUAAAAUAGGAGUUCGUUGUUUGUCUAGAAGUAAGAUUGAAAAUACUGCUGUUAUUUUUGGCAAGAAUAAAACAGUUUUGUACAGUUUAUUGCAAUUUAAAAUAAAAUGUGAAUUGCUUUUUA